AUGGAAAUUGUGUUAAAAGAUGAAACUGAUAUUGAUCCCAAUGAUCAAAACUCAAUUCUCGAACAUUUGGAUAAAGUGCUCAAAGAUCUAACAGAGAAAGCCAGCAAAAAGGCUGUUAACAUAUCAGAUAUCAAGCUCAAAAUCAAAGGUAGAUUACUCUGGAUUUAUGACGAUAAUCCUCAAAGGUUUGGACAUAUAUCUGCGGGAAAGGACAUUUUAAUAUUCUCCAAGGCUUCUAAGAAGGGUCGAAGCGAAGCCAACAUCGAUGAUUCUGAGCGGCUUCAUCCCGAAGAACUGAACCAGCAAAAUAUAGAAGCUUUAGUAGAUGAAAGCAACCUGAAAAUGGAGAUCCUUCCAGUUAGCGAUCUGGAUGUUGCGCUUCACAACUUUGGUAAGCUUGGAAAUGAUUCAGAUGCCCAGAAAUUUGAGGACGACGACUUGAUUCUUAAAGAACGCUUGAAAGAUAGGUCCACUCGACCAAGUGGUUCUUCACAGUUUUUAUCCACUGGAUUGAGAUUCUUGUCCUUUUACGUUUUGUUUAUGUAUCUUAUGCUGAAACACAUGCAAGCCGAUGUUCCAAGCUAUGAUCUCAUAAAGUUUAGGCAUCCUGGAAGGACAGACAAUGAUAUCAAGAACUACAGGAACACAAAACUGUAA